GUGGAAUGGAUGUGUGAUAACGAAGACAUCGACAAGAGUAAGAGAGAGGGAAAUGGUUUUUACGACAGAUCAGCGUUCAAUAAGUUUGUCACGUCUCGGGCGAAGGAAGCUUGAAUGUUGAAGACAGAAACGCAUGACAUAUUGAAGAGUAAUGCAGCAGAGAUAUUGACACUCAGCAGGAUGAACGAGCUACCUCAAACAGACCCUGUUGACUACCAUGAUUUGGCAACAGUGGUGGUGGACGAUGUCGAGUAUGUCUUGCUCGAUCAGAUUAUGGAUUUCAUGUUGAAGACAGAUAAUGAUACAAAUUUGAUUCACGAGGCCUUGCACGAGGUGAUAGAGGACGCAAUAGCAGUAGCAGAGCUUGCUGAUGUCGGAAGCACAAAGGAUGAAAAUCAACUAGUGUCGGGGACUCCAAUAUGUCAGGGGGACAUAUUCACAGUCCUGGAGGACCUUACCAGGACAUCAACGAAAGCGGAGAGAAUGAGCAAAAGAAUGCAAGGAUGGCAAUUGGUUGUUGCGGAAGCAAUCAAUGCGACACACCAUAUGCCAGAGAGCACACUGCAGACUACAAGUGGUGUGGGAUGUGUAAUAGCGGUUCAGAACCCGUUGACGAUUCCUACUGCGGAUACGUUGAGUGUCCAUAAUGCAUUCCGAGCGUGGAGAUUACCACCCUUUCGUCCUUCACAUGAGAUCAUCGAAGGACACGAACAAGUGGCAUUCCAGGGAAUGCAUGCAGAUGGUGGAACUAGUGAGAGUGGCAAUGCACAGACAGGGGAUAAUGAGAAACCGCCGUCAUGCGAGGUGGGAUUGAGUGGCAGUAAUAUCUGCGAUGACGAGGAGGAUGACGAAUACGACUCUUAUUGGGACGUUCAGCGUGGUGGUAGACAGGCCUCGAAAAGGUGUUGUCAUACAAUUUUAAGGUUGGCACGUGUUUUCGCGGAGCCACACCCGUUGAUACGUGUUGCGGACAAGGCAAUAACACCGGACGGGUCUCUUCAGUUCGCAGGCGUUAAGGCAGUUAUGUCAUGCAUGAAAAACGGCAAACGAUGGCGUCGCACAGGAAAAUCAUGGUUUGUUCUCGUACAUAAGGAGACAAUUCUUAUGACAUCAAUGUCAUGGGGUGUGAACCUCAGUUGCAUCAUACAUGGAGCAGUUUCCACUGCAUGCGGAUGAACCGUGCAUCCCACAAUGUCAACAGCACAUGCAAUUAUAAAUGCACAACCAAA